AUGAGCCUCAAUACCCCAGCAUCUACUCCUCAAUUUGAGAGCAAAGGCAGCCACAGUGUGUCUAGAAAUGGAAGUUGUUAUCUAGUCAGGCACACCCCCCAUCCCAGAAGGGUCUGCCACAUCAAAGGCUUGAAUAACAUUCCUAUCUGUACUGUGAGGGAUGAUGAGAACUCAUUGUGGGAUGUUGACCAGUUCAACCACUUAGAGACGACGGACAAUAUACCAUUUGCCAAAUGCAGUCACCCACCCAGCACUGCAGCCCUGGAGAGCCCAGUCAGAGGAGUCUCACCAGCCCCAAAAAGUGCCAAUGUACAUCCCCCACGGCCUCAUUCUGAGCCCUGUAGAAAAAUCAAGGAGUGCUUCAAAACUUCCAGUGAGAAUCCCUUAGUAAUUAAAAAGGAAGAAAUUGAGGUAAAAAAUCCACCCUCACCUCCCAAGGCAUGCUCUACUACGGGCUCUUGUUCUUCAGAGGUGCUGAGUACCAAGACUAACGCCAAGGAGAGUACCAUAUGCAUACCAAACUAUCUGGACCAGGAAAUCAAAAUUCUGGCAAAGCUCUGUAACAUUUUACAUACUGAUUCUCUGGCCGAAGUUCUACAGUGGCUGCUUCACGCAAGUUCAAAAGAGAAAGAGUGGGUCUCAGCUUUGAUUCAUGCUGAGCUGUCUGAGAUAAACUUGUUGACUCGCCCUCUGAGAAGAAGCGUCUCCGCGGAACCAGCGGUGGUGACUGGGAAGCUAACCAAAGUUAAAUCUCCUUCAUAUUCACCUGUGAAAUCAAAAGUGCUGACCAGAUCUGGAGAAGGACAUCAACUGGCCAGAGUGUCAAGUCAAGGAUCUGAAGAAAAUAAGGUGGUACCAAAAGAGUCUGAGCACAAACCUGCAAUGUUUAUAAGAAGAAAUAAGAUGACAAUCCCAGUUACAGAAUAUUUCAGCAAAUCAAACUCUCCUCCCAGGCCUAAAACUCAGGAGAGCAUAUCAACAAAACCAAUGUCAGCAAGGAGUAUACACCAAGAAUACAAUCUCUCUCCCCAGAGAACAUUUUCUCCUUUAACAUACCAAAGGUCGAAAAUCUAA